CCUCUGCAAGUGGCCUCUUCCUCUUCCCCUUCCUGGGCACUGAGAGAGAGAGAGAGCCGAGCAACCUCGCCGGAGUCGGAGAUGCGGAAGCGAGAUCUGGGUAUCCUCUUCCUCGCCGCCUUCGCCGUUUUCUUCUCGCUGCAGCACGACGGCGACCUCUCCUUCCGCGAGGCCUGGUACCACCUCUCCGACGCCGAUUACCCCAUCAAGCACGACGCCGACCGCCUCCCCUCUCCCCUCGUCGCCGACCUCAACGGCGACGGCAAACCCGAGGUCCUCGUCCCCACCCACGACGCCAAGAUCCAGGUUCUCCAGCCCCACGCCAGACCCUCCCCCGACGAUGCCUCCUUCCACGAGGCCCGCCUCAUGGCUGACGUUUCCUUGCUCCCCGCCAACGUCCGCGUCUCCUCGGGGAGGCGCCCCGUCGCCAUGGCCGUCGGUUCCGUCGACCGCCACUACGCCCACGCCCACACCCCCUCCAAGCAGCUCCUCGUCGUCGUCACCUCCGGAUGGUCCGUCAUGUGCUUCGACCACAACCUCAAGAAGCUCUGGGAGGCUAAUCUCCAGGACGAUUUCCCCCACGGUGCGCACCAUCGGGAGGUGGCUAUUUCCAUAACCAACUACACUCUCAAGCAUGGUGAUGCAGGCCUGGUCAUUGUGGGAGGAAGAAUGGAAAUGCAACAUCAUUCAGCAGAUCUUUUCGAUGAAUUUAUGAUGUCAGAACACAACAGAGAAGAGCACCGUAGAAGCGCCAGUGAGAAGCAGGCUUCUGAGACAGGCACUGCAGACCUGCGCCAUUUUGCCCUUUAUGCUUUUGCUGGUCGUACUGGUGAAUUAAGAUGGAGCCGAAAGAAUGAGAAUAUCCCAUCACAACCAUCCGAUGCUUCAGUGCUGAUACCACAACACAAUUACAAGCUUGAUGCUCAUUCCCUUAAUAGUCGUCAUCCUGGUCAGUUUGAGUGUCGAGAAUUCAGAGAAUCAGUUCUUGGGGUCAUGCCUCAUCAUUGGGACAGGAGAGAGGAUACUUUUCUACAACUUUCCCAUUUUAGGAAGCAUAAGAGGAAGACACUAAAGAAAACACCUGGAAAAGCUGUUGUAAAUAAUGUGCACAAGCCAAGUGAACACAAUCCACCUGGAAAGGAUGUUUCCAAUAGGUUAGCAAAUGUGAUUGGGAAAGCUGCAGAUAUGGCUAACUCUAACAAAAUCAAGAAGUCACAAAGGACACUUUAUGUUCCGACAAUCACCAACUAUACUCAAGUUUGGUGGGUUCCUAAUGUUGUUGUUGCCCACGAAAAAGAAGGGAUAGAGGCCGUUCAUCUAGCUUCUGGACGCACAGUUUGCAAGCUUCAUUUAACAGAAGGAGGCCUUCACGCAGAUAUUAAUGGAGAUGGGGUUCUAGACCAUGUUCAGGUUAUUGGUGCAAAUGGCAUUGAGCAAACAGUUGUUAGUGGUUCAAUGGAAGUGCUGAAACCUUGUUGGGCAGUUGCUACAUCUGGUGUGCCAGUGCGGGAACAACUUUUUAAUGUUUCUAUCUGCCAUUACAACAAUUUCAAUUUGUUUCAUCAUGGUGACUUUUCAAGAAGUUUUGGGAGGACAUUUGAUCCAACUGGCUUAGAGGUGGCGACUCCUAUUCUGCUCCAGAGAGAUGAUGGUCAUAAACACAUUAGAGGAAGCCAUGGGGAUAUCAUCUUUCUUACAAGUCGUGGAGAGGUGACCUCGUACUCUCCAGGUCUACUUGGUCAUGAUGCAAUAUGGAGAUGGCAACUGUCAACAGGUGCAACAUGGUCCAACCUUCCGUCUCCAUCAGGGAUGACGGAAAACAUUGUAGUUCCAACUUUGAAGGCUUUCUCUCUGCGAGCGUAUGACCCAAAACAGGUUAUCAUAGCGGGUGGUGAUCUGGAGGCUGUGGUGAUUUCUCCUUCUGGUGGUUUAUUGGCAUCCAUUGAACUCCCUGCACCUCCAACCCAUGCGCUGGUUCUUGAAGAUUUCUCUGGUGAUGGUUUAACUGAUAUUAUUCUGGUAACAUCGGGGGGAGUCUAUGGGUUUGUGCAGACAAGACAUCCUGGGGCUCUUUUCUUCAGCACGCUUGUUGGCUGCUUGAUAGUGGUUAUCGGAGUAAUAUUUGUUUCACUGCACCUCAACUCCUCGAACAACGGUAAACCUAGGGCUUCAACGGACUAUAGGUGACAUGACAUGCCAUAGUCGGCAUUCACUUUGACUUGAGAAUUCCUUGUCAAUAUUGAGGUGGUGUUAUAGCA